AUGCUGUCUGCUGUCGGGAAACACAACUGCUCACAACUGAAUAACCUGACAACAAACAUUUGCACGCUCAUCCACGACAACGACACAGCAGAUGAAACUUUUUACAACACCGCUCGAUUUAUCACGGGAUUAAUUUUGUAUCCGAUUCUCUGCCUUUUGGGUUUAACGGGAAACGUCUUCAUUCUUGUCGUCUUCUCGAAGAAGUCGAUGGACACAUCGACGAAUAAGAUCUUAUCAGCUCUUGCCGUCAGUGACUUGAUAAAAGUGAUCAACGAUGAAUUUUACUUCAUUACGUGUCUUCUUUACCAGACCAACCCAGCAGCUGGUGACGAAAUGUUCGCCUGCUUCUAUCCUUACGGCCACUACUUUUUCAACCUUUCGACCUGCGUCUCCUCCUGGAUGACAGUUUCUGUUACCGUUGAGAGAUACAUUCUGGUUUGUCAUCCGAUUCGUGCCAAACACAUAACAUCUGUUCCUCGGGCCAUCCUGCUCAGCACAACUGUCUUUGUCAUCAUGGCUCUCAUCUCGACUCCAUCCUUUUUCAGAUACAAAACAGUGCGAGUCUUUGAUGCCAGUCUCAACCAGACCAAAGUUUCCGUGAAUUUGACGGAUUUUUGGUUGGAGCAUUCGAGCGUUUCCCACGUGUACAACAGCAUGCAGAGCAUGUUGCGUUCCAUCAUUCCUCUCUUCCUGCUCGUCAUUUUCAGCUCCUUCAUCAUCAACAGUGUGCGCAUGACAAGAGCCAACAAGCAGCUGUCCAGUCGCAACCGCAUCACCGUCAUGCUCAUCGUCGUCAUCAUCUUCUUCCUCCUCUGCAUCACUCCCGAUGCCGUCAUGUCCGUUCUUUCAGUGGGAUACGCAGAGUCGGAAAGUUAUCACCUGCGGGCCACCAGGGAGGUCACUGACACCCUCCUGGUCCUCAACGCUUCCAUCAACUUCCUCCUCUACUACGGCUUCAACAAAACAUUCAAAAAGGAAUUCAACUCACUUCUUUCAAAUUGUUGCUGGAAUAAGUAUUUAUAA